AACAUGUUUUGUCGAUGGAAAAUUAAAGUCUUUUUACAUUGUAUUAAUUUUUUUUAUUUUUUUUUUUUUUUUGUUUUAGUAUAAUUUCAUAUAGUGUGCACUGAUGAAAAUCGUAAUAUCAAAUAUGUGUUUCGACCCUUUACCGAUUCAAAAAAUCGACUUUUUCUAAUUGACAUUUUUAUAAAACUGCAAAAUGGCCAUUUUAUGAAACAAUUAAAAUCGUUAUGGAAAUUCCAAUAAUUGGUUUCAUAAUUAUAAAUCACAUGUAGGUUUUUAAAAAAAAGUACGCGUAAAUAUCAUACCUACCAAACCGUGUAAGCGUUUCUUUUAUUCAAAACUUACGUUGCCCGUAACUGUGAAACUAAAUUAUCGUACUUCCACCACGAUACUUUCAUAAAAACAUGUUUUGUAGAACGGCUGUUCUUCAACAUUUUAGCAAUGGAAAAUUCAAAAGUUUCGUUUCUAAUACUACUACAAAAUGACUAAACUAAAUUUAAAAGGGGAAAAGUGAUGUAUUCAUGGAGAUAUUUCUAUCGGGCAAACGCGGACCACCCUGUAAAUGGUUCCGUGCAUUAAGCAAAUGAGUCGUAAAAUAAUUACAUAAUACUGGCAGUUACGACUCGCACGACGAAACGACACAAUAAACCCUUGUACGCGGACUUCGUACACGUGUUUAUUUAUUAAUUAAUUGCACGGGCAGGAGCCCUUUGGACACGAUUUGAAUAUGGAUUGACAGUAAUUGCAAGUACAGACAGCGUGCCGUCAGUAUGUAUGUGUGUGUGUGUGUGUGUGUGUGUGUGUGUAUUUAUACGUAGCGACCGGCGGGUACGUGCACACGGCAGGACGGAGAAAAGAACGGGCAUCAGACGAGUGUCGUUGUGAAAUCGCGUCGCAAUGAAGCCGGAUCGGGCGUUGUCGGUGACUGGCUGGUACUGUUUUUGCUGGUGCUGGUGCUGCGGCCCGACCGCGGCCGCCAGCACGGCGCUAGGCCAGGCGGUGCACCAGCGGCUGGAACGGGACGGGGACUACCGGGCGCGCGUGCUGCGACUGACCCGAUCCGUGAACAGGAUCGUGGACGAGUACCUGGGCACGCGGUCGGUGGUGAUGUUCGCGGACGAGGUGCGCGACAGCGAGCUGGGCCAGCAACUGCUGUCGGGCAUGGCGCAUCCGCGCGUGCUGGUGUCUAGGGACGACUUACGACUGGCCACCGGGCUAAUGGUGUACUUGGACCGCGGCCAUGACGGCGGUUACGACGCGGUGCUCGGCCGGCUGCCGUCCAGUGACCACUCCCGGCACAUGGUGCUGUGGGACGGCGUGCGCAGCGGCAUCGCCGGCGACCGCGUCGACCUGCACCACAUCCAAGUCACGUUCGAGACGUUCUGGCAGUAUCAGCUAAUUGACGUGGCCGUCCUGGUACCCAUGACCAGCGGCAGCAUACGCGUGUACGCGUUCAACCCGUACACCGCGUCCCGGUGCAACAGGGCCGGACCACCCAUCAUGAUCAACACCUGGAGCAGCUGGACCAACGGGUUCAUCAGGCCCGACCGAAUAUUCGGCAUGGACAAUAAGCUAAAAGACUUGCACAAAUGUCCACUAAAAUGCUUAGGCGUCCACAGACCACCUGUAACAACAGUAAUACAAACGAACAAAGGCUUCCAGUUAUCAGGAUCUGGAUUACGCGUUAUCAACUUUAUGCAACAACACAUGAAUUUUACAGGAAUCGUUAGUAUUGCAUAUGGUUAUGCCGGUGUAAAUUUUAUACCCGAGACGAAUAUACCUGAUAAUGACAGCUCACCGGUAGGUACAAAGGUGAAACUCAGAAAAGUAGACUUGGCAUUCGGUAGAUUCACUAGGGUUUUCGAUAGCGAAUCUGAGGUUGAGUUCGUCAAAGAAGACCAAAUGGAUUGUUUUACAUGGGGCUUACCAAGUGGAAUUGGUCAUGACCAGACAUUAUGGAUUAACUAUGUAACAGAAUUUUCUCUAGUCACCUGGAUAUUGAUCAUGCUCAGCAUAAUUCUAGCAUUUGGUGUUGUUGUCGUACUUUCACAGUUCUCGUUUCAAAAUUCGAUUUCAUGGAGACCAAUGUUUAUUUUAUUUUAUACAUACGGCACUUUUAUCGGAGCUCCUAUCAAAGUUUCACCGAAAUCGUACACCUUACAAGUUUUUCUAACCAACUGGCUUAUGUACAGCUUAGUGGUAACAAGCGCAUAUCAGGCAUAUUUGGGCAGUUUGAUCACUAUUCCACAAACAGCUCCCGAAAUAAACGAUCUACAUACAUUACUGAAGACUAAUUUAAAUUUAGUAGGUAGGCAACAGAUGUACUAUUUGAUAAAUUCUUCAGCGGGAUCUAGUACUGAUUUUAAAUCAUUGGUCGAUCGUUACCAAAUAUUACCUCCCGAGGGUGUUAGCCAUUUAAUACAGAGGAUAUUAAUGAAAAAAGACACAGCCGUCUUGGCAUCCAAACGUGAACUGAUAUUUUAUGCGCAGAGAUAUAAAACAAUUUUUAAUGGCUCAAGAUAUUUGCACGUGUUACCAAUAUGUAUGAUUGAAUCAUACUCAUCCACUUUUAUGCUAAGAAAAGGAUCUCCGUUUCGACAUAGAAUAAGCACCAUUAUGUCAAGACUUUCUGAAACAGGUAUUAUGCAACAAUGGGACCGGUCAAAUGUCAAAGAAGAAAUGACACGCGGUAUUGUAUUUACUAAGGACACUGUACUUUCAAUGUCUCAAUUUCACGGUGCAUUUGUAAUUUUAUUUUUUGGAUUAUUUUUGGGGUUCUGCACAUUUAUCGGAGAAAUUAUUGUGUUUGUUAUAAAUAUGUACAAUGUAAAACAAACAAAGCAUAUUCAAUUUUUAAAAUAACUAAAAACCAUGAA